CUGGUCUAAAAAAAAAAAAAAAAAAAAACGGCCGUAGAAUGUAAAAGCCCCAAACGUAAAUGCGUAGGAUAGGCCUAAUCACGAAGCUGGUUACCAGGCGUUACUUUUUAUGAACAAAGUACGUUUGCUAAAAUUUCCUAGCUUUUGACAUGAUUCUGUGAAACACUGCUCGAACUGCAAACGCGCAGUUCAAAGCAAGCCAGGGCUUGGCUGUUAUUUCUUGACAUGCCACAGAAGACAGCGCAGCCAAAAGAGGAUGAUGAGGUUUAAGUGCAUAAUGGGAGCGCUCUCUUUCCGUCUUGGAGUACAAAUACAGAGAAAGGACAUUUCAUGCAGUACAAGGGUGUGGUGUCAGAUCCAAAGACAUAAAACAGGUUUUCCAAACAACUUCAAAGAAUAUGAACACCUCAGGCAGCUCUACACCCCAGAAGUACCUGACUAUUUUAAUUUUGCCAAGGACGUGUUGGAUAAGUGGGCUGAGAAGGAGAAGCGUGGAGAAAAAACUCCAAACCCGGCCCUGUGGUGGGUAAAUGACCAAAGGAAUGAGAUCAAAUGGAGUUUUGAAGAACUUGCGUUCCAUUCAAGAAGAGUAGCCAAUGUUCUGUCAGGUCCCUGCAAACUCCAGAAGGGAGACAGAGUGCUUUUAAUCCUACCCAGAAUCCCAGAGUGGUGGUUGGUAAAUGUGGCAUGCCUGAGAACAGGUAUGGUACUGAUCCCUGGGACCACUCAACUUACAGCCAAGGAUAUCCUCUACAGGCUGCAUACCUCCAAAGCUAAGUGCAUCAUAACAGAUGAAUCUUUGGCACCUGUACUGGAUGCUGUGGCCGCUGAAUGUUCUUCUCUCAAAACAAAACUCCUGGUGUCAGACAGGAAGAGAGAAGGAUGGAUGAACUUUGGUGAGCUUUCAAGGACAGCAUCCAGUGGCCAUAUCUGUGCAGAAACUAAAAGUGAAGACCCAAUGGCAAUCUUCUUCACCAGUGGUACUACAGGUUUUCCAAAAAUGACUGAACACAGCCAAUGCAGCUUUGGGAUUGGGUUGACUGUCAACGGCAGGUACUGGCUGGAUUUGACAGAGCGAGAUGUGUUGUGGAACACCUCAGACACGGGCUGGGCCAAGACUGCCUGGAGCAGUGUCUUUGCUGCCUGGAUACAGGGAGCAUGUGUGUUUGUACAUCAGAUGCCACGGAUGGAGACCACCACAGUGCUUGAGACACUAUCCAUUUAUCCCAUUUCGACCUUCUGUUCAACCCCAACAGCAUAUAGAAUGCUAGUACAAGAAGACCUCUCUAGGUACAAGUUUCAAAACUUGCAGCACUGCUUGUCUGCAGGAGAGCCCAUUAACCCUGAAGUGAUGGAAAAAUGGGAAAGCAACACAGGACUUAAUAUCUAUGAAGGAUAUGGCCAGACUGAAACUGUUUUGAUUGCUGGUACAUUUAAAGGGAUGAAAAUCAAACCUGGGUCGGUCGGGAAGCCAUCUCCUGCAUAUGAUGUACAGGUUGUGGACGAUGCUGGUGAGGUCCUGCCUUCUGGAUCUGAGGGAAACCUGGCCAUCAGAGUGACACCUCACAGGCCCUUCUGCCUCUUCUCUGGAUACACUGAUGACCUGGAGCGAACGGCACAAUGCUACAAAGGGGAUUUCUAUCUGACAGGAGACCGGGGAAUAAUGGAUGAGGACGGCUACCUUUGGUUUGUGGGUCGUUCAGAUGAUGUCAUUCUGUCAUCUGGGUAUCGUAUUGGUCCUUUUGAAAUAGAAAAUGCACUGAUUGAGCAUGAAGCUGUGGCAGAAUCAGCUGUGGUUAGCAGUCCUGAUGCCAUCCGGGGAGAGAUCGUAAAGGCUUUUGUUGUACUGAAACCUGCAUUUAAGUCACACAGUCAAGAUCAACUCGCAACUGAACUCCAGAAUCAUGUUAAGAAAGUAACAGCUCCAUAUAAAUAUCCACGUAAGAUCGAGUUUGUCGAACAACUGCCAAAGACAUUGAGCGGCAAAAUAAAAAGAGCUGAACUACGGAAUAAAGAGUGGGGAAGACCGUGAAGUACAAAAGCCAGGUGUCAACUAAAAUUGUAAAACUGAUUGAUUCGAUCCUGGAUGCCGAUUGGCUGAGACCACGUUCUACAGCGAUUGUAAGACCAAUACAGUAACAGUUAUUCAAACAGCCUGUUUGUAAAUAGUAUCACAUCGCACACAAACAGUAUUUAUUUUGUAACAUUACCUAUACCUGUGUCAUCAGUGAAUUGUUUCUAUAUGUUCUAACCAUUUUAUAAAAGCUAUACAACACUUCAGGCCAUGCUGAAUCGUUAAUAGUCACAGCUAAAGGAAGUUGCAGGUGCUUCAAUUCGCGUUGUGCCUAACAAUGCCCCUGUAACCAUGACUGUAUUCACGACACUGCACGGCCUCUCGUUUUGUAUCGCUUAUGCCGCUUACUUUGGCUUCUGAGUGGCAUAUCUGGUUUAAGGCAUUUGCAUGUACAGUACAGUAGAACACAAGUACAUUAGAAAUACAAACUUAAGAAGUAGACUGACCAAUCAAUCGAACAUGGGUUGCACCUGAAAGUAGUAUACACAAUAAUGCCUUUUCAAGAUCUAUUAUAGAUAUGGCAGACUGGGUAAGCUCAAGGGAUAAUUAAAGGAGUAACAUGGUGGUUUUCACACUCAGUUUUGUGUGCUAUUUGCACAAGAGGCAUUGAAGAAAUACAAUGAGUAAAGUAUUAAAUGUGUCCGUUCUUUAUUUUUGGAGAAAUAUGCGUUUUCAAUUUAUCGUCUGAUUUUCAGCCGGUUGAGAAUGUUCUCCUUGUAGUGUGUCACACGAGGAUAACCACUCCCCUUUCCACACCCCGUAAUCUGAAAUCUGACCGAACACACCGUCCUGCUACAAGUGUGCUGUGAAGUUUAGGUAGAAAACAACAAGGCUGAAUCCUUAUGACGUAAUUUACAUAGAAACUAAUACGCACAGAUCGCAUAGUUUCACUCACUGUGGCCAAGUGGAAUCGAUAGCGUUUCAAAAAAUAUAUAACUUUAAAAGGUUUAAUUCAAUCUUCUACUGGGACUUUUGCCGUCUAUUGAGGGUGUGAAAGAAAAUUUCGGUGCCGCUGACUAUAAUCGAAUGUUUCAGAUUUACCGUUCGAUUGAGCAAGUAUCAUUCUAAGUAUAUUUUUAUGGGUUUAUUGCUGUCCCAUUGUGCUAGCUACUUCACAUUAACCUCGUACGGCGAUAAGUAAAGGCUAACAGCACAGCACCACUUAAUUAUAGUCACUUCUAUCACCACUGUAAUGAACCAAAAAAAAACAAAAAACAAACUACCUUUUCUGUGAGAAAUGUAUUGUCGAGCUCACGCGCAUACACUGCUGGCGACAUUCUAAAGCUCUAUUUUGCCCUCCCUGCUGUCAGCCAGAUUGCUGUGAUAGCUCAUUCUAAAUCAUAUUUGGGGACCCAUGUAUGACUCGUGACCCAUAGUUUGUGCUGCUGGCUUAGAGGCAAGACAAUGCAAAUAUUUGACUAAUGUUAGGUUCACUUAUUAGAGUGCCUUUUAAGGACUAUUAGGCUAUCUCUGGUUGGUUAUAUUCAUUUAUAGCUAGCUAUGUAGUUUGCUUUCAUAAUGUAAUGUUAUCGAUAACGUUAGCUAGCUAGUUUGCUUUCAUAAGGACGUUGUAGUUGUGGUUUUAUCUUAACUUGGCUAGCUAGCUAGCAAAAAUUAUUAUUGGAUAUAAGUCAAUGUCCUUAGCUAUCGAUACUAAGUUAGCUAGCUGAGUUAGCGUCUCCCAAGAUGAGCGCAUAUCAUGGAGGUAGCUAUGGUAACAGGGCACGGUCUGUCAAUCAUAGCUAACUGACAGUUCUCAUUACCACGCCCAGAUAGUUCGGGUGAACUUUUAUAGUGGGAAAUUUAGGCUUGGAAAUAUACGUUUUAAAAUACAUUUAAAUGACUGAAUAAAAAAAAAAAUAUAUGCACAUUUGUUUUGUUGUUGCCUAAAGACAACUGGCAAGUGUCUCAAUCAACCACCAUGUUACUCCUUUAAGUAAUCACGUGUGUUCCUGAGCAGUUAGAUUAUUUUACAGCUGGGCAGAACAACUUAAAGGUGUUUUUCUUAUGAUCUGAUUUGGUGGGAACUAGAAGAGUACAUACAUGCUUGGAUCAGUGCAGAAAUGUGAUCAGUAUGAAUAGUUUUUUAGAACACAGAGUAUACGUAUGAGCUUGCUGCUUUGUUUCAGAGAAGGCACCAUACUAAUGUAUUGGGAAUUCUCUCCAUGUUGCAUGUAAUAAAGAGUGCCUUAUCACAGUU